AUGGACUGGCUUGGACAUGCCAAAAUCAACUUCACACACGCGCCAUCGCCUGUGUCUCUCAAGGAGAAAGAUGGCACUCAGACUGAUCUACUGAAGGUAUGCGAGAAGAUCACACCACCAUGCCAAAUGAACCCUCUCCUCUUCAACGGCCAUCUGCAAACAAUGUGGACGGCCACGAAGCAGCACGGCCCGCCGGUGUACUAUCGCCGAAAGGUGUUCCAGGCCGAGGACAAGGCGUUUGAGGGUACCUUUGCUGUCGACUUUGUGACGGAGCCCUUUGAGGAUGCGGACAGUAGUCUGCCGCCGCGUACGAAGUAUUUCGAGCAGCAGGACUUUGGUUCCCUAGCUUCGGACGACGACAAGCCCCAGCUUAUCGUUCUUCACGGUCUCUCGGGAGGCUCUCAUGAGAUCUAUCUAAGACAUGCCAUAGCGCCAUUGGUCGACUCGGGGAAGUGGGAGGUGUGCGUAGUGAAUUCGAGAGGCUGCGCGAACAGCAAGUUCACCAGCGGCAUCCUGUACAACGCCAGGGCGACUUGGGACUUCCGCCAGACGGUUAAGUGGAUGAGGAAGAAUUUCCCGAACCGGCCGCUGUUCGGCUUGGGUUUCUCGCUCGGCGCCAACAUGCUGACCAACUACUGCGGAGAGGAGGGUGUCAACUGUGAGCUAACGGCCGCGGUCGUCUGCUCCAACCCCUUCAACCUUGAGGUCUCAAACAAGGCAUUGAGGCGGACGUUCCUCGGCAGAGAGGUCUACCAGAGAGUCAUGGGAAGCAGCAUGAAGGAGCUUAUCGCCGGCCACAAGGAGGCUGUGCAGAAGUACACAAACCUGGAUCUUGAACGUCUCCAGAAAGUGACGUAUCUUUGGGAGUUUGACAGAGAAGUCCAAUGCAUAAGCUGGGGCUACCCUACCGAGAGUGCUUACUACCGCGAUGCGUCAUCAUCCGAUGCAGUGCUGGCCAUUAGGAUUCCAUUCUUUGCUCUUCAUUCGACUGACGAUCCCAUUGCCGUGAACGAGGCAAUUCCCUACGAGGAAUUUGAGAAGAACCCGUAUACUGUCCUGUGUACGACGUCCCUCGGUGGGCACCUCUGCUGGUUCGAGCCCGGCGGCGGAAGAUGGCACGCAAAGCCAGUUGCAAACUUCUUCAACCACAUGGCAUUCAACGUAGACCACAGCCAACUCCCUCCCAAGACGAACGGAGCCCCGCCCACGAACGGCAAAUCGAUAUUUCACUUCAACCCAGUGAAGCGUAAGAUGGAGAUUAAAGCAAGCUCGGAAUAG